GGUCAUUUACUCCUCCAUCAUCAAGGGAUUCGCCCAGGCCAAGCAGGCGGAGAAAUGUUUUAACACCCUGGAGGAGAUGGAAGCUCAAGGAAUCCCUGGCAAUACCAUCACCUACAACACCUUGCUGGAUGCUUGCGCAAAGUGCAGCGCUAUGGCACGCGUGCCCGCCAUCUUUGAGAAGAUGAGGCAGUGUGAUGUGGAGCCAGACCGCAUCACCUACUCUACAUUGAUCAAGGGCUACUGUGUGGCAGGUGAGCUGGAUUGUGCUUUCAAGCUUUUUGAAGAGCUGAAAGCAGAUGGAAAGCUCGACCUGGAUGAAAUUGUCUACAAUUCCUUGCUUGAUGGCUGCAGCCGAAAGCAGAAACCCCAGAAGGCUAUGGAGUAUCUUGCACUCGGUGUGGGAAUUCAGCCGUCCAACUACACCUUGAGCAUCAUGGUAAAGCUCUUGGGUCGUGCAAAACGCUUGAAUGAAGCACUGAAGCUGGCCAAUGACUACCGCAAGGAGUUCAACCUCAAGCUCAACGUGCAGGUCUUUACUUGCUUGAUGCAAGCUUGCUUGCUGAACAAGAAAGUUCAGAAGGCACUUGACAUCUACAAGGAGAUGAUUGGUGAGUUGGGUCGGCUGCCUGAUCGCAAAGCUCACACUGUCUUGGUGGAAGGGUGCCUCAAUGCGGGUGCCUUUGAGCAGGCACUACAGGUGUGCCGCUGCGCCUACGGCUUCGGCUCUCCGGAGCUCGCCGUGCGGGGCGGAGUCACGGUCGGUGUGGAGCCGAAGGCCCUGUCCGACUUGGCCAACAAGGUCUCCUCUGGCAAGGUCGAGGAGGUGGAAGCUGCCAUGGAGGUGGAGCGGGCUCGGCCGGACAUGGUCAGACCCAUCACUCGUAUCCCAAAAUUGGGGAAGACAUCCAUGGUUUGCGGAGAAGGUUGGGUGGAGAUCCACCAUCCCUGUCGUUCACCGGAAGCACAUGUCUUUUCUCUGAGGCAUCCGAAGUCCCUCGACGGGUCUGAAGACGUCGGACCGAGGUCUUCGAUGUGGCGGACCCCAGCGGGAAGCUGCGCGCCAAAGCCAGCGUGCAGCGGGAAGCCGCCAACGGCUCCAGACAUGAGGCCUGGGAAGGACGAAAGCGAGAGACGAAGGGACGAACCCAAGACGCAGAGGCCUGGGAUUGGGAGAAUUGGAACGACCGAAGUUGGAAAAGCACCGGCAAACGAGGUGAAUGGACCCGCAAGUCUCGCCACUGAGCCAUCACCGAUGAGGAGCAAAAACGAGCAGAGCACCAGGGUCAAGGAGAAGAAUGCCACCAGUGAGAAAUGUUCCAACGAGCAAAGCCGGCGCAAAAGGAUGGCAUGCACAGCAACGGUGGAACUAGCCUGGACGAUCCCGUUGAGAGAGCCCAGAGGCUUGGUAUUGACAUGUAUUGACUCUGUUCCUAUGUAGUCGUGCACCUG